AAUCACUGAGACAAACAAAACCCAAGAAAGAAAGAAAACUGUUGAAUGGUUGGUCUUGGUAGAGUGGUCAGUUAUUAGUUAGCAGAGAGAGAUCAGAGAGAGAGAGAGAGAGUCAAAGAGAGAAUGGGGUCGUUUCUGUCAAACCUACUUGGAGGAUCGACGGCGUACAACUCAGCCGAGUCAUCGGAGGAGUCUCGGGUGACGUCGUUUCACUCAUCCGCCAGAUGGCAGCUUCACUUCAGUUCCCACAAGGAUUCUUCCCAGCUGCUGGUGAUCGAUUUCUCGGCGUCGUGGUGCGGACCCUGCAGGCUAAUAGAGCCGGCCGUCCACUACAUGUCCACCCAGUUCACCGACGUUGACUUCGCCAAGAUCGACGUCGACGAGUUGUCUGAGGUGGCACAGGAAUUUGGAGUGCAGGCAAUGCCGACGUUUGUGCUGUUGAAGAAAGGGAAGGAAGUGGAUCGAGUGAUCGGUGCCAGAAAGGAUGAGCUUGAGAAGAAGAUUCAAAAGUACCACUCUCUCUAAAACCCACAUCCUGCUUGUGUCGCUCUUUCAGACUUGAGUUUGUAUUUGCAGUUUCAACUUUGUUGGUCAUUUUUAUAUAAAUAGAUUGAUUGGGAAGCUUUGUUGUAUGAACAUGAAGCAGCUAGCUGUAGGAAAUCUUAAAUAAAUAAAAAGCCUCAAAAUCACAA